CUCGAAAUCCUCUUUAAAAUCCUAAUCGACUGAAACCUUCCGUGUUCGUCUACGGUGUUUUCAGAGUAGGUGGUGACUGGUGAAUCCAUUGCUUGAGAAGCGGCCGAAGCAGUUUGGGAUCAACGGGAAUCUGCCUCCUCCCAAAUAAUUAUUUGCACAAGUUCGUGAAGUGAUCCUCAAUCGAUUCACUAGAAUCCUUGCUAAGAACCUUAAUCGGGCCAAAUGGAGAAGUGAACCGAGAACGCUUACGAACAAAAGACAUUAAGAAGCUUCCUCGACAUAAGAGGAUUGUUGUGGAAUGGAAUCAUCAGGACCAACCAAUUGAUGAGUCUGGGGGGAUUCUUUGUCGAUUUUUAGGUCUUAUUAUAAGAAAAUAUCGCAUGCUUCCUAUUGGAUACAAAAAGUGGAGUAUGGUUCCACAACAUUAUAAAGCUUCUGUGUGGAAUUGCAUUAUAGAGAAAUUUGAGGUCAAUGAUGCUGGACAUAAGAAUUAUAUUUUCAAGAGCUUAGGAAAGAAAUGGCGGGACUAUCGAUACGAACUAAACAGGAGGGUUGAUUUGUGUGAUAAUUUGGUUGACUAUAACUAUCAAUACAGCCUAUACACUAGUAGGGAUGAUUGGUAUGAUCGGGAUGAUUUUAAUGAUUGGAAUAAUUUGGAUGAUUGGCAUGAUUUUUUAAUGUACAGAGCUUGCUCUGACACAGAGAAGAAAGCGACCCAAAAUACUAGGAAUUGCAAAAGCCUAACAAUGCAUCAUACAUUAGGGUCAAAGUCAUUUGCUAGAUUGGAGAAUGAGCUGAAAGUUGGAGGUGAUGAGCCUGUUACCAGAGUUGCGUUGUUUAAAGCUGGCUAUACAAAAAAACAUGAUGGGUCUUUUGUAAACGAGAAGGCCAAGAAGAAUCAUGAAAAACUAGUUAUUCAGUCUCAGAUUUUAUCCGAAAAUGAUGCAUAUAUUAGUGUUUUUGGCAAAGAACACCCGGGCUAUGUUCGAGGCUUGGGACUUGGAGUCGUCAAAACCCAAAUAUAUGGAUCAUCAAGCAACUCAAAUAGUAUGCCUUAUUCUGGUGGGCCUACACAAGUUGAAUUUGAUGCUAUGAAAGAAAAAAUAAAACAAUUAGAGGAACAAAUUGCAAUGCUAACUGGACAACAGCAUACAAAUAUGUAGUCACCGGCUCUCAGAAGCUCGCCACAAGAUACUUAAUCAACAAAUGCUGAUCAAAAUCUAGGCUCUACUACUUUACUG